AUGGGGGUUGGUGGAGGUGGUAAGACUACUCUUGCAUCUUCGCUUUAUAUGGGAGUCUCUUGCUAUUUUGAAGUUCAUCACAUUAUUGAGAAUGUUCAGGAGGAAACAAGCAAACAUGGUUUAAAAAAAUUGCAAGAAAAUAUUUUGUCAGCUUUUUCCAAAACAGAUGUGAAAGUAAACAGUAUCGUGCAAGGAAAACACAUGAUAAAAAGUAUGUUAUGUCGUAGAAAAGUGUUGCUACUUCUUGAUGAUGUCAAUGACCUUAGCCAACUGGAAGCGUUAGCCGGAUCACAUAGUUGGUUUGGUAGUGGGAGCCGAGUACUAAUCACAACUAGAGAUGCACAUUUGCUGAGAACCCACAAGGUAGAUGAGGUCUCCCAUGUCAGAUUAUUAUCAGAUGACGAGGCAAUGCAGCUCUUUAAUAAACAUGCAUAUAACAAAAAAGACCCGGUGGAAGAUUAUGAGACACUUUCGUUACGUGUGAUUUCUUAUGCUGCUGGGCUCCCAUUGGCACUUAAGGUUUUAGGUUCUUUUUUAUAUGACAAAAAGAAGAAGGGGUGGAUGAGUUCCUUGGAUAGACUAAAAGAUAUUCCAGAUACUAAGAUUGUGGAAAUGCUAAAAAUUAGCUAUGAUGGACUUAAAGAUAUGGAAAAAGAAAUAUUUUUAGAUAUUGCAUGUUUCUUCAAAAAGUGGGAGAAAGAUGAGGCAAUGGAAAUACUUGAAGCUUGUGAUUUUCACCCCGAAAUAGGGAUAGAGGUGUUGAGACAAAAAGCUCUCGUAAGUAUUGUGGAUGGUAGGCUUGAUAUGCAUGAUCUAGUUCAAGAAAUGGGACAUUACAUUGUUAGAGUGAAACAUCCUAACAAUCCGAACAAACGUAGCAGAAUUUGGAAAAGUGAAGAUAUCAAUAACAUGUGUUUGGGGGACGCAACAAUGGAAAAUGACAAGAUUGAAGUCAUAAAAUACCAUUGGCAACACAGUCAUGAUCUUGUGUAA